CUCUACUCCAAACAAACAAACCAAAACAAAUGUCAGUUUGUUAUUGACACUGACAAGUUUACGAUUUUUCAAUCUAAAGACAAAAAAGUGUUGGUGUAGUGAUUUCGUGUGUGUGUACUUUUCGUUCAAUAAUUUCGAAAAAAUUAUGUAAAAACAAACUGAAAAAAUGAGUGUAUUUGGUGAUUUUCAAAAAGUGUGGCUGCAAAGGUUCCCCGAAAGCCCUUUGCCUGGCGCCUGGGAAGAAGAUGUCAGAGCGAAUUUGGCAAAACACCAACAAAAGGUCGCCCUGCUCAAAGAGGAACUGGAAAAGGAACAGUUCUACGUGGAAUAUCUGGAAAGGCUGCUCUGUGACGUUGAACAGCACAAGAGAAACUUGCUAAAAGAAAAAGCAAUCAACGAGGAAAUUCACUCGGAAAUACUGGGUGUUGACUCCAGUUUUGUAGGUGGGGAGGAUGCCUUAUCACAGCGUGCUUCAGCCGAUAUAUCCAUUCUAUCCCAAGACAACAAUGAAUCCUUCUCAGCACACAUGUGCAUCAACGAAAUCUCCAAACAGCUCAGAAAGUCACACUCUGAUGCCUCUGACAAAGUGACUUCCUCGGAAAACGAAGUACAAGACCACGAUGCCACCUUUGUAACUGUCAUCGAAGUGAACGGUUUGAACAAGAAAGAACAAGAUUUGCCUGUGCUCGCUUUAAAGAAACCACCAAAGAUUCCUGCUAGGCCAGAUUCGUUAAAGAAUACCAAUUUUGACACUCAUCGUAGCAACAGUGAUUCAGUAUCUUCCAGUUCCGAGAUACUUAACAAUCCAGAUGAACCUUAUUACGACAUGGUAGCUCCCGAAGAAGAAUUUUUGGCUAGAAGCGAUCAUUCCAGCACUGAAAAUGUUUUUGGUUCUAGCAGCACUUUACCUUUGGACCUCAAAACGCAACAUUCCAUCGAACCACAAAGUCCUGGCACUUCAAAUUAUGUUAAUAUUGAGUAUUUUAUUCAAUCUACAAAGAAAAACGGUAAUGACCACAGUAGCAGUGAGGAUGAACAUGAAGAACUGCCUGAAUUAACUGGCCAAACCAAUGACAACAGCUCUUAUGCCAGCUCUAGCUCUUUAGAGUCUACUACACCUCAUUCUAGAAGGAAAUUUAGUCAAGAUGGAGAAAGUGAACCUGACAGAAUGUAUAGGAGCAUUGUCAGCAAUAUUAUCGACAGCGAAACAAAUUAUGUUGAAUGGUUGAGUGUUUUGUUAAAGUACAUGAAAGCAAUUCAAGCUACUAUUGGUACAUCACAGCCAAUAGUGAGUGAAGCAGAAUCAACCACAAUUUUUUACAAAAUACCUGAACUGUACAAUUUACAUGCCAAUUUUUUGGAAGCUCUAAAAAGGCAUUCACAAAAAUGGGACAGUAGGAUUGGGGAUAGUUUUAAAGUAAUGGCAUCAAAUUUGUCUUUAUAUGGAGCCUUUCUCAGUAAUUACGGGCAGGCCUUGGAUACCGUAAGGAAAUGCAGUGCUAAUAAUUCACAGUUUGCCCAUAUAACUAAAAAUAUAACUUGCAAACAUUUGUCAGAUCAGGCGAUUAGUUUGGAAGAUCUUUUACAUAAACCAGUAGCAAGAGUCCAAAAAAAUGCCCUAGUCUUACAUGAUUUACUUAGAUACAUACCUCAAAAUCAUGCGGACCAUCACAGUCUUUCUGAAGCUUUGAAUAUGACCCAAAACUUUUUGGAUCAAUUCAACAUGAUUCAAACCAAAUCAAUGUUUCCUGCUACCGAUAGAGCUCAAAGAAGACUAGUUAAGAAUUCUUUUAUUGUCGAAUACGUGGACAGUCAUAGGAAAUUGAGGCAUCUGUUUUUGUUUAAUGAUGUCAUAGCGUGUGCCAAAUAUAAGUCUUCAGGUAGAAACGAAAAAUACACCUUCGAACUCAAAUGGUUUAUACCGGUUGAAGAUAUUCUCAUUCUGGAAGAGACUAUGGCAAAUUUACACGAAACGUCGCCAUCGAAUAUUGUGUCCUUAAAAUCUCAAGCAAGCAACAUCAGAGAUCAAUUGAGGCAAGAGGAAAAGUUGAAUGAAGAAAAGCACCGUCUAAAGUCCAGCAGAGGUUCAGACAAGUUCAGAAAAAGACUGAUAGAACUCGAAAGUCAACUAGUAUUAGUCUCCCCGAAUUUAGUUUAUAGAAUUAAACAUAGAGGCACUGGGCGCACCUACAUGUUCUUUUUGUCGAGCGAUUUCGAAAGGACACAAUGGAUUGAGGCAAUACAAACUUUACAGAGGACUGAGCGAACUGGUAAACAACCAACAACAGCAGCGCAUUUCAGCAUGUUUGAACUACAAACGUGGAUAACUGCUUGUCGGCAAUACUUAAAAACAAACAUGGGUUCUUAUUUGCUUAGAAGCGGAAAGGACGAAAGUUUGCUAGUUGGAGACUUGCAUUUGCACGUCUACGACAUGAACGGGCUAGAAUUCACUUGUGAUUUGUACGUUUGUAUCGAAGUUGAUUUUUAUGGGCACUUUUUUCAAAAAGCCAAAACGAAAACGGCAAAGCAUACUCAGAAUCCGCACUGGAAUGAAAGUUUUGUUGUGGAUCUUGAAGGUUGCGAAAAUAUGAGGAUUUUAGUUUAUCGAGAGGGCCAGCCUCACGAUGCACUUUUUGGUAAACACACUAUGAAGUUAAACAGGAAGUGGCUGGGAGAUCAAACUGUUGAUAGACAAUUAUCAAUUAAUGGUUGCACCCUUAGAAUGGGCUUGAGAUAUGUUCCUUGUGAGGUUAGUUUACGGAGAGUGCCUGCUGGAAAAGUUGGUUCACUUUUUGGAGAGAAAAUACAAGUUGUAUGCAAGCGACAAAAAAGAAACAUACCUUUCAUAAUAACGGCCUGUAUUCGGGAAGUAGAAAGGCGAGGAAUGUGUGAAGUUGGUGUUUAUAGAGUUUCUGGUUCACAAACUGAUAUAACUAAGCUGAAAAAAUCUUUUGAAACUAAUUCCUAUGAAGCUGAACAAUUACUAAAAGAAGUGGACAUACAUUCAGUGACAGGUAUCCUAAAACUAUAUCUUAGAGAACUGCCAGAAGCUCUAUUUUCUGACCAGCUCUAUCCAGAACUGCUAGAAGCUUUCAAUCAGAGCAAUGGUAACCUGAAGAGGCGAACGGAUUUAUUAAAUAGUUGUUUUGAAAAGUUACCACCACAAAAUAAGGAGAGCAUAAGGUGUAUUUUGGAUCAUUUAAUGAGGGUUCAUGCUUAUGAAGAUGACAACAAAAUGUCCCUACACAAUUUAGCUACAGUAUUUGGCCCAACACUGUUACGUCCUGCAGUGUCGAAAGCUGAAAACACCAAAAAGGAUGGAUUAAAGCAACGAGAAAGUUUGGCUACAGGAACAGUAGAUGUAAUGGCACAAGCUGGUAUCCUUUACUGUUACCUGCAAGAUUUGAAUAAUUCACAAAAAAUUAGCAGAAGAUAGUUAUUCUGAUAGAAGUAUUAACUUGCAAUAAUUGAGAAAAUAAGUUAUUUAUUAAUUUGUUAUAGGAUUGUAGCUUCUGAUUUUUUUUCUUGAACAAAUUAACCCGUACUAUUUUCUAGUGAACCAUUAUGUUUAUUUUUAUUGUGACUGUACCUUUAGGUGUAAACAAGUUAUGCUCGGACUGAGACACUAGAUUAUUGCGCAGAAGUGUCGUAAAUAUCCUUUUUAUAAAAUUCCAUUAGUUUUUAGGGUGCUUUAAUUAGAAAAAGGUGUUUCAUAUCGGUGUUAUUUGUUGCCUACAAUUAUUCAAGUAAAAAGUAUCAAUAGACAAUAAAGAACAAUUUCUAUUAUAAAUAUGGUGAAUAAAUUUAUUGAAUAAUAUAUUCCAACCAUUGAGUCGUGACUCUUUAUUACAUAAAUACAUCUAAACAUUUUUCUUAGGGCACCUAAUUGAAGAGCGAAAAACUCAACUUUAGACGUAGUGCAACAAAAAUCUAGUCAAUAAUUUUUACAUCAAAUUGAUGGUUUUCCAAAAAAAAAAAGUCCCUUAUCAAACUCCUUUUUCUAUAAAGCAAAAACAAUUGUACCAGUUUUGAUUAGUUUAUAGACUGUAUAAAAAUAGACUUAUGUAAGUAUAGGCAUACAUAUUUAAGUAUUUCGUAGGCUGUCGCAAAGUGAUGCCUUUUUAUACAUACCCAGCUUAAGAUUGUUUGCUAAAAUUUUACCAAUAUCUUUGAGAAAAAUAUACUUGAACCUCAACACCAAUCCAAAUCAUAUUGAAUAACCCUGCCUUUAUACAGGGCGUGAUAAUUAUCCAAGGUAUUUUACUAGUGAUAUACAUUUUCGGCUAUUUGUGUGCUUGUCUUUAUAGAAAUUUUGUAACGACCCUGUAUAUACUUAUUGGAAAAUAGUGAGAGCUUGGCUUUUGUGUAUUAUUAUUUGUAAAUGUUUGUGCGGAUGUUUGUAAUUUAUUAUUACCCUUUUUGAUGUACUUUGUCCCUUUCCCCUGUUAAGCUUAAGGACUUAUAUUUUAUAUACAAUUUGUAACUAUAUUUGCAAAGUAAAUAGAUGCAUAGUAAAUCUUAUCUUGGAAAAGAAAAUUGACAGAGCUUUGGUUUUCUUUUUCGGGAUUGGGUUUUAAUGAUUUUAUAUUCAA